CUCCAACUGGCUCUUUGAUUCAGCUGCAAGAGAUCAAUCCUUCAGAUCAACCAUCUAGCUAGCGAGCUUGAACCAAUUGAAACACAUCACUGCUACUGGUGGCUCCCCAUACUGCUUUCCUUGUCCGAAAUGUCCUCCAAAGAUCAGCUCCCUCAGAAAAAAGUCGUGCCCGACGCCACUAAAGAUGCUAAACAAAAUGUCAAAUCAGGCAAAAAGAAGAAGCAAGAAGAAGAGGAAUUAAGUGAAGAAGACCAGCAAUUAAAGUCUGAUCUAGAGAUGUUGGUUGAGAGACUUAAUGAGUCUGAUUCCUUGUUGUAUGAGGCCUCUUUGUCGAAGUUGAAAGUCUUUAUUAAAGAAUCCACAAGCUCAAUGACUGCUGUUCCUAAACCUUUGAAAUUCUUAAGACCCCAUUAUCCUCUCUUAUGCAAUUUAUACGACAAAUGGCAAGACCCAGUUUUGAAAUCGAAAUUGGCUGAUAUCCUAUCGGUAUUGGGAAUGACUUACUCUGAUGAAGGUAACCUUGAUUGUUUAAAGUACAGAUUAUUGUCCAAUGAACCCGAUAUAAGUGAAAUGGGCCAUGACUACGUUCGUCAUUUGGCUUUAGAAAUCGGUCUACUUUACAUUCCCUUACUAGAACUCGAAAAUGGCUUAAAGCCUGAAGAAGUUACUGCUCUAGUUCUUUCAGACAACAAUGUUGCUGAAAAACUAGAUACUGCAUCUAAAGACUCAACUUCAACUGAAUUAAAGACCGAUGAAUCUAAGUCUAGCAAAAAGGAUAAUUCUCCAUCAGAUAGUAACUCCGCUGAUAAAGAAAAAGAUAACCAAAAAUCUGAUAAACCCAAAGCCGACGAUGAGGAAGUAAAAAUAAAAGUCUUAUCUGGAGUUAAAAUCGCUGAUUUGAAACAAUUGGCCUUUGAAAUUGUUCCCUUUUUCCUAAAACAUAACGCUGAAGCUGACGCUGUUGACUUAUUAUUAGAAAUUGACUCCAUCAAAGAUCUCCCAAGAUUUGUUGACAAAAAUACUUAUUCCAGAGUUUGCUUAUACAUGGCUAGUUGUGUUCCAUAUUUGCCUCCAUUUGAUGACGUCUCUUUCUUACAAACUGUUUGUGAAAUUUAUCUCUCUCAAGAUCAAUUGACUAAAGCUCUUCCAUUAGCACUCAAAAUCGGUGAUGAUUCAUUAAUCAGAAAUAUUUUCUCUCGCUCAAAUGACUUGGCCACUUCAAAACAAUUGGGUUUUAUUUUAGCAAAACAAAAUCCUGCUUUCCAAUUAAUUGAAUCAAAAGACGAUGACAUUGAAGAUGAAGAUGAAGAUGAAGAUGACGCUGAAAACGAUAUUUCAAUAGAAAAGGAUGAAUCCAAAGAACAAGGUGAAGUAGAUCAGGAUCAAGAACAAGAUCAAGAUAUAGCUGAAGAUGAUAUUGUUGAAGAAGUAAAUCCUGACGUUGAAGUUUGUAUAUCAAAUCUAAAAUUAAACGAAUAUUUCACCUAUCUAACAUUAAAAUUAAACCUACUAGAACCUAAAAUCCCCGAGGAUAUUUACAAAUCUCAUUUAGAAUCAAAGAACGGCUAUAUGGAAACUUCUACUGAUUCUGCCAAACAAAGUUUAGCUGCAAGUUUUGUCAACUCCUAUCUCAAUUGCGGAUUUUGUAACGAUAAAUUAAUAAGUCAAGAAAAUGCUAUGGCUUGGAUUUAUAAAACUAAAGAUACUGGAAUGCUAUCUGUUGCUGCUAGUUUAGGUGCUGUUUUCCAAUGGUCUUCAUCUGUUGGUUUACAAGAGUUGGAUAAAUUUUUAGAAUCAACUGAAGAAGAAAUCAAAGCCGGUGCUUUACUCGGUAUUGGUCUUGUCAAUACUGGAAUUUAUGAUGAAGUUCUCACCUCUUUUUAUUUAGUUGAAAAUUACGUCACUAACAAUUCAAGAUUAUUAAGAAUUGCUUCUAUAAUUAGUUUGGGUAUCUCAUUUGCUGGUCAUGAAAACCAAAGUGUUUUGGAACUUUUAUUACCAAUUAUUAGUGAUGAAUCUGCUUCAAUUGAAAUUGUGUCCUUGGCUACAUUAUCAUUAGGUUUAGUUUUUGUGGGAACUGGUAACCCAGAUAUUGCCCAAACAAUUUUAUCAACCUUUAUUGAAAGACCAAAUAAAGAUUUUAAUGAUAGUUUUGCUCAAUUAAUGUCAUUAGGUUUAGCCUUAUUAUUCGUUGGAUUAUACGAUCAAAUCGAUGUUGCAUGUGAAAGUUUGAAAGCUGUUGAUCAUCCAAUUGGAAAGGCAACUGAAAUUUUAAUCACUGUAUGUGCCUUUGCAGGAACAGGCAAUGUGUUGGAAAUUCAAAAAUUAUUAAAUAUGUGCAUCAAUUUCCCCAAAAAGGAUAAGCUGGAAGCUGAAGGCGAAGGUGAAGGCGAAAUUGAAAUUGAAACUGAAACUGAAACUGAUGAUGCUAAAAAGGGUAAAAAACCUGAUUUAGUUGAUGUUGAUGAAGAUGCAGUGAUGGAAGAAGUCUUACCAGAAGAAACUGAAGAAAAAGAAAAGGAAGAAAAAGAUGAGGAUGAAGAGGAUGAUGAAGAAGAAGAAGACACCACUUAUCAAGCAUAUGCAGUUCUAGGCCUUGCAAUCCUUGCAAUGGGUGAAGAUAUUGGACAAGAAAUGUCAUUACGUCAUUUUGGGCACUUGAUGCAUUAUGGUAAUGAUACAAUCAAAAGAGCAGUUCCAUUAGCAAUGGGAUUAGUUUCUGUUUCUAAUCCUCAAAUGAAUAUUUAUGAUACAUUGUCAAGAUAUUCUCAUGAUCCAGAUUCAGAUGUUGCAGCAAAUGCAAUUUUCUCUAUGGGUGUAGUCGGAUCAGGAACCAAUAAUGCUAGACUAGCACAAUUGCUAAGACAAUUAGCCAGUUAUUAUUCAAGAGAACCCAAUUGUUUAUUUAUGGUUAGAAUCGCACAGGGGUUACUUCAUUUAGGUAAAGGAACAUUAACACUCAACCCAUUUCAUUCAGAUAGACAGGUUGUAUCCAAAGUUCAAUUAGCAGGGUUAUUAAUUGCUAAUGUUUUACUAUUAAAUCCAAAGACUUUUAUUUUGGGUAAUGCUCACUAUUUAUUAUAUUAUUUGAAUGUUUCAAUACAUCCAAGAAUGUUGAUUACAGUAGAUGAAGAUUUAAAACCAAUUGAAGUCAGUGUUAGAGUUGGACAAGCUGUCGAUGUCGUUGGACAAGCUGGUAAACCCAAAACUAUUACUGGAUGGGUGACACAUUCUACACCAGUUUUAUUAGGAGCUGGAGAAAGAGCUGAAUUAGAAAAUGAUGAAUACAUUAGUCUUGCAAGCUCAUUGGAGGGAGUUAUUAUAUUGAAGAAGAAUCCAGAUUACCUUGAUAUUGAAGCUAAAAAUUGAAGAAAGAAAUAAAUGUUUUUUGAUAUAGUCUUUUUUUCACAAUUUUAAUCGUAUAAUUUUUUUAAUACAAAACAACUUAUAUAAUAUAAACAAUAGAUUGAAAAAAAACCAAAAUAC